GUGAUAGGUAUAAGAUGAUGUCCAUCCUUUCACUGAAUAUCCAUCAACUCGGUGGCAUUCUAUCAGGAAUUAGUCGCAGUUGCUAUUUCACUUCUUGACAUCAUACUUUUGCUGGCUCGAUCUUGCGUCCAUUCUUUCACUAUCCAAUAUGAAAUCAUUUAUAAUCUUCUGGGUAGCUUUGCUUACUAGUUCUUCCGCUGCUACUGUCGCCGUCAACGGCGCUGCAGAGGGUUUUGCAAAGGGUGUCACUGGAGGUGGUUCCGCCACGCCUGUGUAUCCUGAUACUAUAGAUGAGCUCGUGACUUAUCUCGCAAGCGAUGAAGCUCAAGUCAUUGUCCUCACGAAGACCUUCGAUUUCACCGGCUCUGAAGGCACGGUCACAAGCUCUGGCUGCAAGCCAUGGGGAACGGGUUCGGCUUGUCAAAUUGCAAUUGAUCAAGACGAUUGGUGCGAGAACUAUGAGCCCGAUGCUCCAACCACCACUGUGACCUAUGAUGCAGCCGGAGUGCUGGGUAUGACUAUUGCUUCCGAUAAAACCCUCAUCGGCCAAGGCUCCACUGGUGUCAUCAAAGGAAAAGGUAUCAGGAUGGUCUCUGGUGUUAGUAACAUUAUCAUUCAAAACGUUUUCAUCACAGACAUCAACCCACAAUACGUUUGGGGAGGUGAUGCCAUCACCAUCGAUGACGCUGAUAUGAUCUGGAUUGAUCACGUUACUACAUCUCUCAUCGGCCGUCAACACAUCGUCCUCGGUACCAGUGCCUCUAAUCGUGUCACAAUCUCCAACUGCGAAAUCAACGGCGUCACUUUCUGGUCAGCAACUUGCGACGGCUACCACUAUUGGGGCAUAUAUCUCGACGGGUCAAACGAUCUCGUCACCAUGAAAGGAAACUACAUUUACCACACCAGUGGACGUGCUCCCAAAGUCCAAGGAAACACUCUCCUCCACGCUGUCAACAACUACUGGUACGACAACAGCAACCACGCCUUCGAAAUCGGCGAAGGCGCCUACAUCGUCGCCGAAGGCAACGUCUUCCAAAACAUCGACGCCGUAGCCGAGACUCCGAUCGACGGCCUCCUCUUCACCUCUCCCAGCACCACGGCCAACGAAGCCUGUCUCGCGUAUCUGGGGCACGAUUGUCAACUCAAUGGUUUUGGGUCUUCUGGAACGUUUAGUCAGGCGGAUACGAGCUUCUUUUCGGAUUUUGAGGGGAAGAAUGUGGCGAGUGCGGCGGCGUAUACCACGGUUGUUAGUAGUGUGGGGAGUAAUGCUGGGUAUGGGAAGAUUACUUAUUAG